AUUGGUAGUACCAAUACGGCGAGUAAAUCCCACAACCCAGUUGCCAUUAGGAUCACGAAAUAAACCACCAGCUGAAGCAUGCCCCGUCUCCCCAAGGACAGAGCCAUCUGUAUUCAGCUUAAGAAAGUGGGGCGGGGGAGCCGACCAACUAUAAGAGAUGCGCACAUUGGUUUUACGGGGAGGAAGGGGCCUUGCUGCCCAGGGCAGACCCAAAUCCCUCUGGUCCGCUGCUCCUCCCUCUUUUCUUCUUCAAUUCUUCCUAUAAAACGAAAAUUCUGGUAUUCAAUCACUCGAAUUUAAGCCUUGAUUGAUUUUGGGUUGGCAGUUCCGUUGGUAAGAAUUCCGAUUUAAACCCCCAAAACUCUGCUGUUUAUUUCUUGUUAACUAGCUGUUUUUCUGCAUCAAAUCACACCAUAAAAUUUGGUGUUAAGCUGUCCGAGUAUUUUGCUCUAGAACACCCGUGAAUUGGCUUGUCUUGUGGUUGUAGUUCUGCACUAAUAAGCUCCAUUUUUCCCAAUGAAAUCCACUUUGGUUUUCAUGUUUUCUUGCUCAAAUUGUGUAUGAAAGAAAUGAGAACAACAGCCCAGAAUUUUACUUUUAAAAGGCUUCUGUUCCUCUGCUCUGGAACACCCCUGUUACAACUGGUUUUGGUUUACUUUACUGCACUAAUUUUAUCAUCGCUGAUUUCUGCAUUUAUUUAGCUCUUCUUUCUGUUUUUUCUAGUCUUCACCUUGCUUGGUCUCUUUUGUAAUUUCCUACACUGUUUUUAGCAUAAAACUUCACUGUUAUAGCUCCUUAUUUGUUGCUGCUGAAUUUCUGGAUAUAAACCGUCUUUUCUGUCCAGCAUUUAGGGCAUUUCAACAGUCUUAAGCUAAUUUCCUCACUGGAUUUUGCCUCAAAAAGACUACUGCAAUCAACAUCUUCUUAGCAUUUUCAACUUGUUGUUUUGGGUCUUUGAAAGCACGGUUCUGUUGCUCUAGAAUAUUAGGUUGUUUAUGAUGAAUUUGAUGAUGAAUUUGAGUGAUGUUGUCCAUGGUGUUAAAUGAGGUAUACUUGAAUAUUAGGAAGCCGUUGGUUAAUUAAAUGUGCAGAUGUGUU